AGAGCCAUCGGGUGCCUGCUGCUAAUCUCACUUUCAGGAGAGGCAGUGAGGAGGAACAGCGCUGAUUUAUUCCCUUAGACGGAGCCUGAGCUCACCCACCGUUGUUUGUGCAACGUAUUGCAAUGUGCCCAACCCCUCCUUUACUCGGCGGCGCUGGCUGGAGUACCUGCCGGUCUCCAAACGUCACCAGGCUCCGGUUAUAAAGCACAGGCACUAGAGCAUCUCCCCAGCUCCAUCGCUCCGAGAGGCGCAUCUUUGAGAAGCCAGCUGUACGCCAGUGGAAAGAUGUUUUAUUCAGGUAUCCUGACAGAACCGAGUAGAAAAGAAGUGGAGAUAAGGGAAGCAGCAUCUCUCCGCCAGCAGAGGAGGAUGAAGCAGGCAGUUCAGUUUAUUCACAAGGAUUCUGCAGAUCUCCUCCCUUUGGAUGGGCUGAAGAAGCUGGGGACUUCAAAAGAUACUCAACCACAUAAUAUCCUGCAGAAACGCCUGAUGGAGACAAAUUUAUCAAAAUUACGAAGCAGCCGAGGCAGCUGGACUCCGAAGAGUGAUAUCUCAGCACAGACCAACAAGCUGAAUCAAACGAAACUGGGCAGCUCAGGGAAAAUGGAGGAUGAGGAGCUUAUAGUGGUGAGCUGCCAGUGUGCAGGGAAGGAGCUGAAGGCCGUGGUGGACACCGGCUCGCAGCACAACCUCAUGUCAUCUGCCUGCCUGGACAGGCUAGGGUUAAAGGAGCAUCUCAAAGCACUCCCUGGUGACGACGAGAUGGUUUCAUUGCCGUACAAGGUGAGGGCCAUCGGCCAGAUCGAGUGCCUCGCCCUCACGGUGGGAGCGGUCCCCGUGGAGUGCGCUGCCCUCGUCGUGGAAGGCAAUGAGAAACCCUUCUCCUUUGGGCUGCAGACACUGAAAUCUCUGAAGUGUGUCAUAAACAUGGAGAAGCACCAUCUCGUUCUGGGGAAGACGGACAGGGAAGAAAUUCCGUUUGUGGGUAGCAGCAGUGCUGCGGUGGGAGAGCACAGUUUGGAGGCAUAAAGAGAAAUUGAAACACCGUCCCCACACAACAGCUUGACAUCAAAGAGAUCCUGUGCAGCUGUUCCAGAUGAAACAGCAGCGUGCUGCUUUGAAAACAUUUAUACUAGGCUACAGCUUGAGUAGAGCUACAUGAAAUCCUGUUCAGUAGCCAGUAAUUUAGAGUUAUUGUCAUGUUUAUCUAUGGGUUUUGAGAAACAAAUGUGUGCUUAUUUUCUGGACUUUUCUAUAUAGUGUGCUCUUUAUUACAAACAGUUGGGAAAACCUAAUGAAGUUCUGAUGAGAAAAAUACUUUUUAUAGUGGCCUCAUAUGAGUAAUUGUAUUUAAUUGUGAUUAGAGGCUAUCAGAAUGAAAUUUUUAUUAAUGAUUUUUCCAGGGGCUAAGCAUUUAUAUUCACUUAAUUGGUACUGUCACAUUCAAAUGGCCAUUACCAGGAAGUUACUCAGAGUAAAAUAGCACUGCUAAUACCACCUAGGAGUUAUAGCUCAUCCUCUUAGCGUAGUAUCGUUGCCAUGUAAUUAGGGAUACAACUGCUGGCUUGAUGAGAAAGAGCAAUUAUAUAAUUAUUAAUGGGUUAUAAGCUUCUCCACAGUGGCGUGGUGGAAGCACAGGUUUGGGAGGGCUCCUGGGGUGAUUUCCUGCAGCCCCCAGCUCGCUGUGGGGUUGGUGCUAGCACAGGGGCUCAAAACCCCCCCGAGGAGGGAUCCUCUGGGCAGGUCUUGGCUGCCUGCCUAGUGGGAGUAGUCAGGAAAAUGAAUCAUUUUAUUGAGCCAAAAAGCAACAAACAAGCACAAAAGUAUGUUGUCCGGAAAGCAGCAGGUACAGAGCCUCCUGGGUGUAUCAGGAACCAAACGGCCCCGUCACGCCCUCGGUUCCCCGCUGCCUCUGCCCGCCCGCCCAGCUCCCAGCCUGAAGCACCAGCAGCACCCGGGCUGCGCGCUGCUGUGGGUUAUCCACUCCAGGUGGACUUCAGUGUCGCUGCCAGAAAUGCCAUAUUUUUUAUAUUUAUUUACAGAUCGCCUGGGAUCUUACGUACUAGACUAACCUCGAUCACCCUCAGGGCAGGUGGGAGUUUUCACCAGGACAAACAUUUCAUUCGGUGUUACAGCAGGGUUGCUAAUUCACAUACUGCUCGCUUGCAGAUCAGAACAAAUGUACAGUAUUGCUUGGGGGAGCCUGGCCUUGUACAAAAGCAGCUUUCUAGAUUUUUUUAAAAGCUAAUGGGAAUUAAUUACUGUCAUCUCCUGAAGAGGCAUCUUUACAAUUCAGAAUAAUAUCCUUGUGAUGUUGUGCAUCUGGCCCACAAGUCAGGCUCCUGCCAGCUUUAGCCAGUCUCUGCCCAGUAAUGCCAUCUCAUGCCUGCCAUGACAUCUAAGCUGGAGCUUUAUCUCCUGCAGUGGGUUCGAACCUCUUUUCAAUAUUGGGUAUGACUAGCAAAUCUGAACUCUCUGUAUUUUGAGCUAUUUUAUAUUUUGGUGAUAAGUUUCAGUGCUUUCUCUACAUACAGUAUUUUAUAUAACACAGCUAUAUAUAUAUUUACAGGGUUGGGCCACCCAGGUUGGUCCCACCAAUGUGUUGUAGAAAUAUUUCACUGAAUAUUAAAUAUAUUUGAUUAUUUUUUAUGCUAUAAGUUUGGUAUUUUGGUACUUCUUUCUUUCUGUGCUUAUUACUGUGCUAAAUGUAAAAUUAAAUCUAAAUAAAGUUACACUUAUUGAUGUUUAUUUGCUUGUA